AUGGAGCAAGAAAUGGCCUCCUCCCCAGUAAUAAGCAGACCGACCUUCCUCCCUCCUGCAACAGAGCCCUCCACCAGAAAGGUAAUCCUACAAGUCGGCGAGCAACGCUUCACCACAACCCGCGAGACCCUCCGCGAGAGCACAUUCCUCGCCACCCUCCUCUCCAACCACUGGAACAGCACGCAAGAAGACGGCUCCUACUUCAUCGACGCCGACCCGGCGCUCUUCGCGCCCAUCCUGCAGUAUCUCCGGCGCGGCAUCUACCCCGUCUUCUACGACCGCGUCCGCGGCCACGACUACGCGCGCUAUGCCGCGCUGCUCCAGGAGGCGCGGUUCCUCGGCAUCCGCGAUCUGCAGACCUGGCUGCAGGAGCGGAAGUACCUCGAUGUGGUGCGGGUGGAGAUGGUUCUGAAGGAGCUGGUGGACUUGAAGCCGCGACAGGCGGCCGGUGAUACGGAGUGCGAGUUUUAUCCUGCGUGGGUGGAGAAGGUGGUCUAUAAGGUUCCGGAUGUGACGCUGGCGCAGGGGAUUAAUCAUGAGCAGGUACGGGUGUUGGAUGGGAUGGUUGUGGAGAAGAGGGUGGUUUUUGAUAUGGAGAAGUGUGUGCGUGCGCCGCGCAUUGAGCCCUGA